UAGAGGAAGAGGAGAGAAAGGAAAAGAAGAAGAGGAAGAGAGAAGAGGAGAGAAGCAGAGGAGGAGAGACUGAAAGAGAGGCAGAGGCAGAGAGAGGAUGAGAGAAGGAAAGAGAAGCAGAUGAAGAGAGAGGAUGAGAGAAGGAAAGAGAAGCAGAGGAAGAGAGAAGGAAAGAGAAGCAGAGGAAGAGAGAAGGAAAGAGAAGCAGAGGAAGAGAGAGGAUGAGAGAAGCAGAAGAUGAGAGAGGAUGAGAGAAGCAGAAGAUGAGAGAAGGAAAGAGAAGCAGAGGAAGAGAGAAGGAAAGGGAAGCAGAGGAAGAGAGAGGAUGAGAGAAGGAAAGAGACGCAGAGGAAGAGAGAAGGAAAGAGAAGCAGAAGAUGAGAGAAGGAAAGAGAAGCAGAAGAUGAGAGAAAUAAUGAGAACCAGAGGAAGAGAGAAGGAAAGAGAAGCAGAGGAAGAGAGAGGAUGAGAGAAGCAGAAGAUGAGAGAGGAUGAGAGAAGCAGAAGAUGAGAGAAGGAAAGAGAAGCAGAGGAAGAGAGAAUAUGAGAGAAGGAAAGAGAAGCAGAAGAUGAGAGAAGGAAAGAGAAGCAGAAGAUGAGAGAAAGAAAGAGAAGCAGAGGAUGAGAGAAGGAAAGAGAAGCAGAGGAAGAGGAGAGAAGGAAAGAGAAGUAGAGGAAGAGAGAAGGGGAGAGAAGCAGAGGAAGAGAGAAGGAAAGAGAAGCAGAGGAAAAGAGAGGAUGAGAAUAUGAAAGAGAGGCAGAGGAAGAGGGAAGAGUAGAGAAGGAAAGAGAUGCAGAGGAAGAGGAAAGAAGCAGAGGAAGAGAGAGAAUGAGAGAAAGAAAGAGAAGCAGAUGAGGAUGAGAGAAGGAAAGAGAAGCAGAGGAAGAGAGAGGAUGAGAGAAGGAAAGAGAAGCAGAGGAAGAGAGAAGACGAGAGAAGGAAAGAGAAGCAGAGGAAGAGAGAGGAUGAGAGAAGGAAUGAGAAGCAGAAGUUGAGAGAAAGAAAGAGAAGCAGAGGAAGAGAGAGAAUGAGAGAAGGAAAGAGAAGCAGAUGAAGAAAGAGGAGAAGAGAAGCAGAGGAAGAGAGGAUGAGAGAAGGAAAGAGAAGUAGAGGAAGAGAGAAGGAAAGAGAAGCAGAGUAAGAGAGAAGAGGAGAGAAGUGGAGGAAGAGAGAAGAGGAGAGAAGGAAAGAGAAGCAGAGGAAGUGGAGAGAAGCAGAUGAAGAGAGAAGGAAAGAGAAGCAGAGGAAGAGAGAAGGAAAGAGAAGCAGAGGAAGAGAGAAGAUGAGAGAAGGAAAGAGAAGCAGAGGAAGAGAGAGGAUGAGAGACAACAUGAUGAGGACCAGAGACUGAAAGAGGAGGAGAAGAGAAGUGGAAGAAGAGAGAGGCCCGGGCCCUUGCCAGGAAGGAAUGGGAGGAGAUUGCAUCCAAUUUGAAUGCUGAGGUGGAGAGUGUCAGGGAGGAGGAAGAGAGACAGAGGAGGGAUAUUCUGACUCUCAGACAGAGAGAGAAGACUCUUUUAUCAGAGUUGCAGACCCAGGAGAGGAGGCUGUGUGAGACCCAGAGAGAGAGCAGAAUGAGGGUAGAGGACACGGCUCGCCUACAGUCUCAGCUGGAUCAAGUCCAGAGCUCACACACGCAAACUAUGCGCCAGGCAGAGGCCAAAAUGGUGGAGGUGAGGACCGAACUGAGUGAUGAGUAUGGGAGGAGACUGGAGGAGAAGGAAGAAGGAAUGAAACGGAUAACCGAAGACCUGAAUAAUGUGAGGGAGAAACACACCUCUGCCAGGGAUCAGUUGAGGAGUACAGAGGGUAUUCUCCAGUCUCUGAGGAUGCAGCUACAGGACAGAGACAGUCAGCUGGAGAAUGCUACUAACAAGAUCUUUACACUAAAGACUUCUCUGAAGGAGGCUGAGGAGAGUUGUGUGGCUGCUAAGACAGAGGUCCAGACUCAGACGACACUACUGGAGGAGAUGAGCAGAGAACUGAGGAGACUCACACUGGCUCAGAAUAAAUCUGUGGAAGAGGUGAAUGAGCGUGGGGAGAUGCUGAGACACAUGAAGCAGGACCUGUCUGCUCUGAAGGCCACUCAGGACUCACUAAAGAGAACCCUCAGUAUGAAGGAACAACACACACACCAGCUAACACACGACAACACACACCUCCGACAAAACCUGGACACGCUAAAGAACAAGCUCCUGGUUAGUGAGGACAGGGUGUGUACUCUGUCAGUAGAGCUGGAUAAGUUGAAGAUCGGUCUGGGUAAAGAGAGAGAUCAGUGUCAGCAUCUCCAGGACCAGGUUUUACAGCAGAGUCAGGAUCUGGUGCGGGCCAACAACACACUCACUGACACACGCAGGGCUGCUGGCAGGAAGAUCCACAAGAAGGACAGCAAGCUGUCUGUGUUAUUGAAGGAGCUAGCAGAGGUUAGAAAUAACUUCUCUGACUGUAAAAAAGAGUUGCUCAGUAGAGAGUCUGCAUUGGCAAAACAGCAGGAGGAGACGGCUCAGCUGAGUUCCAAGAUGGAGGACUGUUCCCGUCAAUGUUCAGCUCUGAACAGGGAGAAAGAGAGACUGGAGACAAACCUCACACUUACUAACCAGAAACACUGCACAGCACAAGGAGAGGUGAUUCUACAGUUGAGGACAGAGCUGAGUAAAGCGGAGCAGAAGUAUCAAGGGACACAGGAGGAGCUGGCCAUGCUGGAGGCUGAGGUCAGCCGUCUGAAUCAGAAGGUCAAGGGUCAACAGGAAGAGGCGUGUCUUCUCAGGCAGAUGGUCAGAGAGGGGGAGGGGCUUAGAGACCAGGAAGUGAUGGAACGACAACAGAUACAGAAUGCACUCUGUAUCGCACAGCAACAGGUGAAGUCCCAGAACAUGGCUAUAGAGCAGCUAACAUCUGAUCUAGACUCAAUGAAACAGAACCACAGAGCCGACACAGAGCGCUGGAGCCACAGGCACUUCCUGCUCAGCAGCCAAUUAGAGCAGGCUUCCUCUGAGCUAAGCCGAUCCCAGGCCGAGGUCAGAGAGCGCAGGUCAGAGGUCACAGAGCUGAGGGGAAAGCUCCAACUGGCAGAGGAGGGAUACCAGGAGGCUCUGGAGAAGGUUGAAGAAGCUAAAGGGUUGGAAAACACACAAGACACUGAGAUAGAGCUUUUGAGGCAACAACUGACGGACCUCCAGGAGGACCUGAGUGAAACCAUGUCCAGGACUCAGGGCCAGGAGGAGAAGGCGGCCAUCUUUAAACAGAAGUACUGCGUUGCCAUGGAGAAGGUGCAGCAGCUCCAGGGACACAUAGAGUGUGUGGAGGAGGAGCUCAGAUAUACACAACAACAGCUGACUGAAUCCAAGGCAGUGGUAGACAGGGUUAAGGCGGAGCUUACAGAGCUGGAAGGGCGCUACGAAGAAAAACUUGGCCAAUGGGAGCGCUCGGAGGAAGCCCUGGACCAACUGACUGAUGAGCUGCAGGCCAAUCAGAUGGCUCUGAGGGAGGGGCGUGAGAGAGUGGAACAGUGUGAAGGAACCAUACAACAUCUACAGCAAGAGGUGGACACACAGAAAACUCAGAUACUAAAGUAUGAGAGUUCUCUGAAGUCCUACCAACAGAAUUACUCCUACUCUGAUGAGCAGUAUUGUGCCUUACAAAGACAGAGACUACAACUGCAGAAGCAAUCCACAGAGCAGGUAGAGCGCUUGGCCAAUUGCGAACAGGCCCUGCUACAGAUGAGGGCAGAGUAUGCUCGCAGGGAGGAGGAACUAGAGAAGCAGAGCCAGGAGAAGGCGGGGCUAGAGAGAACCCUGCAAUCUCUUCACCUGGACCUGGCCGCCUCCCACCGCAAACAUCUGGUCACUCACACACAGCUGGAGCAGGAAGUGACACAGCUACAGGAGGAAGUGACAGGCCUACAGGAGGAGCUGGUCGACACCCACGACACCUGUACACAGAGACAACAGACCAUCCAGGGGCAGGAUGUCUUGCUCCAGCAAGUUGAGGAGGACCUGAAGGAAACCAAGCUGCUCCUUCAGAGGAGAACCAAGGAUCUGAAGGAGGAGAAAGUCUGGGUGCAGAGGCUCAGAAAGGAGGCGCAGGAGCAGAGAGAGGAGGAACACAGACUUGGUGAGGAGGCCAAGGAGAUGCUAAAGAGGAAAUGCAGGGAGCUGGAGGAAGAGAAAGAGGAGGUGAAGAGGAGAAGCAGGGAGCUGGAGGAAGAGAAAGAGGAGGUGAAGAGGAGAAGCAGGGAGCUGGAGGAAGAGAAAGAGGAGGUGAAGAGGAGAAGCAGGGAGCUGGAGGAAGAGAAAGAGGAGGUGAAGAGGAGAAGCAGGGAGCUGGAGGAAGAGAAAGAGGAGGUGAAGAGGAGAAGCAGGGAGCUGGAGGAAGAGAAAGAGGAGGUGAAGAGGAGAACCAGGGAGCUGGAGGAAGAGAAAGAGGAGGUGAAGAGGAGAACCAGGGAGCUGGAGGAAGAUAAAGAGGAGGUGAAGAGGAGAACCAGGGAGCUGGAGGAAGAGAAAGAGGAGGUGAAGAGGAGAACCAGGGAGCUGGAGGAAGAGAAAGAGGAGGUGAAGAGGAGAACCAGGGAGCUGGAAGAGGAGAAAGAGGAGGUGAAGAGGAGAACCAGGGAGCUGGAGGAAGAGAAAGAGGAGGUAAAGAGGAGAACCAGGGAGCUGGAAGAGGAGAAAGAGGAGGUGAAGAGGAGAACCAGGGAGCUUGAGGAAGAUAAAGAGGAAGCGCAGACACUCAAAGAGGCCCUGUUGGAACUACGCAGGAGUCACAGACAGACAGUGGAGGAGCUGUCAUGUCGUGGAGAGGAGGUUUGGAGGUUGGAGGGGAGUGUGAGAGAAGGAAGACAGGCAGAGGAGAGGAGGAGGCUGACAGUGGAGAGGCUGGAGAGGCAGUCUGCAGAGCUGAGACUUGCCCUACAGCAGGCCAUGGAGAACACACUCAACACACAGAGAGACAACCACACAACACAGGAACAAGUGAAGACAUUGGAGGAGGAGAACAACUCAUUGACCAAUCAGGUGAGGACUUUGGAGGAGAAGUACAGCUCGUUGACCACUCAGCUGCUGAGGUCACAGAGCCGGGGCCAAGACGACGUCCAGCGGCUAGCCAAUCAGGAGGAGCGUCUGGUCGUACUGAGGACAGAGUCAGAGACGCUACAGGAGAAGUACAGCAGCAAGGUGCAGGAGCUGGACACACUGCGGUUGGAGGUGGAGGGGGCGUACUCUGACAACGUGCACCUCCGCCAGGAGAGCCAGGGGGUCAUGGCCAACGUCAACCGCUGGGUCAAAGAGCAAAGGGUUGCCAGUGAGAGUCUAGCUGCUAAGAUCAGAGGUCAGAACAAGGUGCUGCUCAUCAUCAGUGAGGAGAAACAACAUCUUCAGGAGGCUAACAGGGCCCUAGAGGAGGAGCUGAGGAAAUUGGGAGAUGAGGGGGAGGAGAAGGAGAGAGAGAUGGAACGCUUAAAGGCCCAGGUUCAAGACCGGGGUCAACAGCAGGAGGAGGAGAGGGAGAGCUUUGUGACCACCAACCUGAGUCGGAUCCAGUACAUGCAGGUCAGACUGAGAAGCAACCUGGAGGCUAUAGGCUUGCUCAACAAACAGCUGAGUGCUCUGGGAGGAGAGAACGAUAGAUUGCGUCUGCAGCUGGAGGAGGAGAGAGCAGAGCGCAGACGAGUGAUACCGCCAACCAACCACCGGAGGGGUACCUCCCUCCUUCCCCUCUCCCUCACCCACGGGUCUUCCUCCUCCCUUCGCUCCCUCUCCCCCUCUCUGGAUAGAGACACAGGAUACCCUCCCCCUGCCUCCCACCUUUCCCCCUUCCCUUUUCACCACCCCCCCAACCCCAGUCCCAGGCCAGGGGAGAAGGACAGUGCCCUGACCCGAGCAGAGUUGAGCGUGGCUGGGCUGCGGGAGCCAGGCGAGGCCCAGGCUGUUAAUGAGGCCUACUGUGUGAGGAGGGUGGGAGAACUAUCAGUACAGUUGCAGGACAGAGAGCUCUACUGGUCAGGUAGGAUCAACCACCUCGCUACAGAGAUACGACAGACCAAGGACGCUUCGCCCCUCACCUGACCUCCCGCUGACCUCUAAACCCUGUUCCCUGACCUCUAAUGCCUGACAUCUCUUCCUUGUUUGGCUGUUGUUUUGGAUGGGUUCAGUUAUGAAGCCAUAUCAUUGUCUCUGAUCACUGUAUGACUGUGUACCAUGUGCUGAAAAUGUUGACAUUUACAUCUAUUUUGAGUUUGCGCGUCAUUUGUGGUUAGUGUGAGUGUGUGUGCAUGUUCCUGCACUCGUAUAGUGCCUUGUAACAUGGAGACUAUUGUAGUAAUAUUGAUAGUUAUUGUUGUCUCUCUGAGUUCCAGUUUGAUAAUAAAUCCACAUUUUUAAAAAAAUCCUGUUUUAUGUUUAAA